AUGUCUUAUGCAUAUCUCUUCAAGUACAUAAUAAUCGGAGACACCGGAGUUGGAAAAUCAUGCCUUCAACUUCAAUUCACUGACAACCGAUUUCAACCAGUCCACGACGUAACAAUCGGUGUCGAAUUCGGUGCAAGGACAAUCACCAUUGAUAAUAAACGAAUCAAGUUAAGUAUAGGAGACACAGCAGGUCAAGAAAUGUUUAGAUCAAUAACAAGAUCGUAUUACAGAGGAGCAGCAGUUGCAUUACUUGUUUAUGAUAUAACAAGGAGAGAAACAUUUGAUCACUUGGCUAGUUGGUUAGAAGAUGCAAGGCAACAUGCAGAUUCAAAUAUCACCAUUAUGUUAAUCGGUAACAAAUCCGAUCUCAUUAAGAAGCGCGUUGUAAGUACUGAAGAAGGCGAGCAAUUUGCGAAGGAGAAUGGUUUGAUCUUCAUGGAGGUUUCGGCGAAAAAUGCAGAAAAUGUUGAAGAUGCAUUCAUAAAAACAGCUGAAGCAAUAUAUAAAAAGAUUAAACAUGGAGAAAUCGGUAUGUUGAAUGAAACUCAUGGAAUCAAAAUUGGAUAUGCUGAACCAUUAAUGGGUAGGAUCCCUUCUGUUUUUGGUGGAAGCUGCUGCACUUGA